GAGCAUCAAAAACUUGGAUUGCUUCUCGCCGAUGCUCUGCCACUGUAAAGUGGCGUGCACCAACAACACGCUAUCCCUAAUGUUUGGAUGUAAGAAAUACCGCUAUCAGGAUGAAGAUACCCCUCCCCAGGAGCACAGCUCCCCGCACAUCAGCAGUGAGGUGACAGGUCCAGAGCUCGUCCACGUAUCGGAGAAGAACUUGUCGCAGAUCGAGAAUGUACAUGGAUUUGUUUCUCACUCCCAUAUUUCGCCGGUAAAGCCCACAGAAGCUGUUCCUUCCUCUACUCCCAUUGUCCCUGUGAUCCCUGUCCCUCCAGUCCCUGCCGAGACCACUGUCAUCCCAUCCACCAUACCACAGGCAAAUCCCCCUCCAGUAUUGGUGAAUACAGAUUCCUUGGAGUCUUCAACAUACGUCAAUGGCACAGAUGCAGAUUAUGAGUAUGAAGAAAUUACUCUUGAAAGGGGAAAUUCAGGACUUGGCUUUAGCAUUGCAGGUGGAACAGAUAACCCACAUAUUGGGGAUGAUGCAAGUAUUUUCAUUACAAAAAUUAUAGCUGGGGGUGCAGCUGCUCAGGAUGGAAGAUUACGGGUUAAUGAUUGUAUUCUACGAGUAAACGAGGUGGAUGUUCGUGAUGUGACGCACAGCAAAGCAGUUGAAGCCUUGAAAGAAGCAGGAUCAAUUGUACGAUUGUAUGUUAAAAGGAGAAAACCAGUCACAGAAAAAAUAGUGGAGAUAAAACUUGUAAAAGGCCCUAAAGGUCUUGGUUUCAGUAUUGCUGGUGGUGUAGGAAAUCAACAUAUACCUGGAGACAACAGCAUCUAUGUAACCAAAAUCAUAGAGGGAGGAGCGGCCCAUAAGGAUGGCAAACUUCAGAUUGGAGACAAACUUUUAGCUGUGAACAGUGUUUGCUUAGAAGAAGUUACUCAUGAAGAAGCAGUGACUGCCUUAAAAAACACAUCUGACUUUGUUUAUCUGAAAGUUGCGAAGCCCACCAGCAUGUUCAUGAAUGAUAGUUAUGCCCCACCAGACAUCACAAACUCCUACUCGCAGCCAGUGGACAACCACAUCGCGUCAUCCGCCUACCUGGGGCAGCCGCUGCCGCCGGCGUCGCCGGGACGCUACUCCCCCAUUCCCAAGGGCAUGCUCGGCGACGAGGAGAUCACCAGGGAGCCUAGAAAAGUUGUCCUUCAUCGAGGAUCAACAGGUCUUGGUUUCAACAUUGUUGGAGGAGAAGAUGGAGAAGGAAUUUUCAUCUCUUUCAUCCUUGCUGGAGGGCCUGCUGACCUGAGUGGAGAGCUUAGGAAAGGAGAUCGUAUAAUUUCAGUAAAUGGGGUAGACCUCAAAGCAGCAACCCAUGAACAAGCAGCAGCAGCCCUGAAGAAUGCAGGCCAAGCAGUAACUAUUGUUGCUCAGUACCGUCCAGAAGAAUACAGUCGUUUUGAAGCUAAAAUACAUGAUUUACGGGAGCAAAUGAUGAACAGUAGCAUUAGUUCUGGAUCAGGAUCUUUGCGAACCAGCCAGAAGAGAUCCCUUUAUGUCAGAGCUCUCUUUGAUUAUGACAAGACUAAAGACAGUGGCCUUCCAAGUCAAGGACUGAACUUUAAAUUCGGCGAUAUUCUCCAUGUCAUUAAUGCUUCUGAUGAUGAAUGGUGGCAGGCCCGGCAGGUAACUCCAGAUGGCGAAAGUGAUGAAAUUGGAGUUAUCCCAAGCAAACGCAGAGUUGAGAAAAAAGAACGAGCCCGGUUAAAGACAGUGAAAUUCAAUUCCAAGACAAGAGGAGAUAAAGGGGUGAGUUUAUGA